GGCGGUGCUCCGUGACAGACAGGCCGAGCCCGGCGAGCCCGGCGUGCCGGGAUGACGGAGGCGGAAGCGGCUCGGGGAGGAUGUAGCGGCGCUGGCAGCGGCUGUGGCGCCGCGAUCUCCCCCGUGCAGCCGGCCGGCCCCGCCAUGGAGGUUCAAGAUGCUGGGCAGGAGAUGGUGGCAUCUUCUGGCACACCAGGAUCAGGCAAAUCAAAGCUGGACACAUUGCCCAAAGAAGACCUCAUCAAGUUUGCAAAAAAGCAAAUGAUGCUUAUACAGAAAGUGAAGUCAAGAUGUGCAGAACUGGAGAAAGAAAUUGAAGAACUCAGAUCUAAAGCAGCUACUGCAGGAGCUGAUGAUAUUAUUCAGGCUCUCACAGAAAGGCUGGAUGUGGUGCUUCUGGAAAAAGCUGAAAGUCAGCAGCAGUGCAUAGCUCUGAAAAAAGAAAAUGGUCAAAUAAAGCAAGAAGCAGAGGCUGCAGUGGCUAAAACAGAAGAAUUGCAGAAGCAAUUGGUACAAUCAAGAAUUGAUUCUGUGGAAGAAAUAAAAGCUCUGAAGAGUGAAUUAGCAAAUGCACAAUGCAAGCACAAUGAGGAUUUAAAAAAGCUGAAGACGGAAUUAGAUGAACAAGUGAAGAAACAAAUGGAGCUGGUGGAACAGGUUGAAUGUUACAAAGAUAGUCAAAAAGAAGUUAAAAGAUUACAAGAUGAUGUCCAAAGAAUUAAAUCUACUUAUGAGGAGCAAAUUUUGGGUCUGACCAAGCAGUUGGAAGCUGUGAAUGAAGACAAAAACAAAGAAGUGACAAAUCUGCAAGAAACUAUUAAAAGCAACUCUCAGUGUUACCACAAUGAAAUAAAAAAUCUGAAUGAAGAACUUAAAAAAUUAAAAACUGCUCAUCAGGAAGAGGUGUCAGAACUAAUGCAUCAGAUUGAAAUAUCAUCUAAAGAAAAUGAAGAAAAGCAAAAUCAAAUAAAUCAGUUGCAGCAUAAUUUGGCAGAGAAAAAUGCCAAGGAUGAAGGACAUGCUCAGACUGACCAGCGUGAACAUGACUUGGAGCAACUGAGAGAAGUAUUACAUAAAAAUUUAGAAAACAAGAUAGAUGUUGCAGAUACACAAGAAGAACCUUGUGUAAAAGCAAAAAUGGAGGAAAAAGUUAGGUACCUGGAGCAUAAUUUAGAAGAACUCCAGUCCCAGCAUUGUAUAUUAAAAGAUGAGUUAACUUAUAUGAGCAAUGUCAAGAUAAAACUGGAAGAGGAGAUCCAUCGUAUGAAGGAUGAGUACUUUCAUGAGCGGGAAGACUUGGAUUUUAAGAUAAAUGAAUUGCAGCUUACUAAAGAAGAUUACUGCUGUGUAAUUGAAAAACUAAAAUUAGAGCUUCAAGCAGCAGGACAGCACUAUGAAACUGCUGCAAAAGAGCACAAAUUAGAGAUUCAGACUCUGAAAGAUCAGCACCAGAGAGAAAUUUCUGAACUAAAUGAAACUUUAUUAUCUGGUUCUGAAAAAGAACAGAUGGCGUUAGUUUUUGAAAUGCAGGAAAUUAGAGAACAACUUGAAAAGGUAACUCAGGAGAAAGAAGAAGCAGUGUCCAAUUACAACACCCUGAGAGAAACAAUGGAAACUCUACAGGCUGAGCUAGGCGAAUCUGCUGGAAAGAUCAGCCAGGAGUUUGAAUCAAUGAAACAACAGCAAGCUUCUGAUGUCAGUCAACUGCAACAGAAACUCCGGGCUGCUUUCAAUGAAAGGGAUGUUCUUCUUGAAAAUGUAAAUUGCCUCCAGGAAGAAGUAAAAAAAUUGUCAGAAGAGACAGAAGAACUUAAAUGUAAAAUCAUUAGUCUCCAGGAGGACAAGAGUGCAAUGGCAAGCUUCAUUGAUCAAAAAGAGAUUACUGUAAGAAAACUGGAAGAGAAGAUCGUUGCUCUUUCUGAUCAAAACAGGGAUAUUUUAAAUGAUGUAAAAUGCUUGGGUGAAGAGAGAGAAACUCUUCAGGAAACAUGCAAGCAAAAGCAAGUUAAAAUUCAGGAACUUCAGCAAGAAGUAGAUUGUGCUAACCAGUACAAUAAUGACCUGAAGCAAAAGGUAGAGGAAUUAACAGAGAGACUGAACGAAGCUUUAAUUUCUAAGGGUGAAAAUGCUCAAAUGCUAGAACAAUUAGAAAAACAGAUUGAAUCUCUAUUGCGUGAUAAAGAACAGCUUUCAUCUGAAGUGCGCACUCUCCAUGAGGAAAAUAAGAAACUCAUUCAGGAAAAAGGUGAAUUAAGUGAAGAGCUGGGAAAGACUACGUCUGAAAAAGAUAGUUGUUCAGUAUUCAAAGAGCAGUCUGAAAACUUAGAAAAGAAACUACAAAUGAUGACUGCAGAAAAAGACCAUAUAUCAACAUUACUUGAAAAUGAACAAGUGCACACAUCUCUUGUAAGAACUCAGCUGUACCACUUACUUGAGCAAGUGGGGUUCAGCAUUUCAGACUCUAAUGAAGAAUAUGAUUCUCUUAACUUGUUCAAAAUUGCAAAUGAAUGCUUGUCAAAAAUUGAACAAGAGCAGUGCCUUGCUCUUCAAAAGGAGGAGGAAGUAAUUAGUUUGCAGCGAGAAGUUGAGAGAUUAGAGGAAGAAAAUGCAGCUCAACAUAGAGAACAUAGAUCUCUGAUUCAGGAUUUUGAAAAAGAAAAAACACUUUUGAGAGAAGAACUGGAAGGAGUGUUGUCUGAAAAAGAAGCGCUUCAACGUGAUAUCCAGGAGUUGAGAAAUGCCAGUGAAAAAACAAGGACUGAAAAUCAAGAUCUUUUAGCUAAUACUGAAGAGAUGAGUAAAAAACUUGCUCUUUAUGAAAGUCAAAUACAAGAACAGCAGAAAGGAUCUGAAAAACAAGACGACCUAAAUUUCGUUCUGGAACAAAAGGAAACUGAGCUUAGAAAUGUGAAAGACGAACUGAGUUCUCUAAAGAAUUUAAUGGGAACAAUGACUGAGAAAACUGAUGAACAGUCUUCAGUAGCAGAGCUUCAAGAAAAAAUUGGGAUGCUUGAAAAAGAAUCUGCCGAGAAAGGAGAGAAGCUAAAUAAAAUUAAAGUCGUUGCUGUGAAAGCCAAGAAAGAAUUAGAUGCCAGCCGAAAAGAGGUGCAGACUCUGAAGGAAGAGUUGGAUUUGGUUCGAUCAGAAAAGGAUCAGUUGUCUGCUUCAAUGAAAGAUGUAAUUCAAGGAGCUGAAAGCUAUAAGAAUCUUUUGAUGGAAUAUGACAAGCAAGGAGAGCAGCUGGAUUCUGAAAAAGGCAGAGCAAAUAAUCUUGAACGUCAGAUAGAGGACCUCACAAGACAGCUACAGGUGUCAUCUGAGCAGCAUGAUCAGUUACACUCUGCUAAUGAAGACCUCCUGACUCGUGUUGAAACAGUGCAAAAUAAUUGUAAGCUGCUGGAAACUCAGAUACUGGAGAUACAAAGAGCCAAAGCAAAGGCUGACAAAGAACUAGAGGCUGAAAAACUUCUAAGAGAGCAGAAAACAAAGGAACAUAGUGGUGCUCUCCGAGAAGUGGAGGAGCUUCAGAUGCAACUUCAGAAGGAAAAGAAACAUCUACAGAAAACUAUGCAAGAACUAGAGCUGGCCAGAAAGGAUGCUCAAAAGAGUACAUUGAUGGAUAUGGAAAUAGCUGAUUAUGAAAGGCUAGUAAAAGAACUUAAUCAGAAGAUUACUGAUAAAGACAGCAGAAUAGAAGAUCUUGAGCAAGAAACAGGGAUUCAGAAACAGAAACAAGAGGCCCUACAGGAAGAAAUAAAGUCACUUCAGUCAACUAUGCAACAGGAUGAGGAAAGAAAUGCCAAGAUAAAACAACUCCUGGUGAAAACCAAGAAAGAACUGGCUGAUUCAAAACAAGCUGAAAAUGACCACCUAAUGUUGCAGGCAUCAUUGAAAGGGGAACUGGAAGCCAGUCAACAGCAAGUGGAAGCCUAUAAGAUUCAAGUGGCUGUACUGACAUCAGAAAAGCAUAAAGUUCAGGAGCAACUGCGAACAUCUUCGGAGCAGCACCAGCGUACGAUGAGUGCUUGCCAGCAAAAAAUUGCAACCCUGCAAGAAGAGUGCAGAGCAGCCCAGGCUGAACAAGCAUCUGUUACAUCUGAAUUUGAGAGCUACAAAGUCCGUGUUCAUAAUGUUCUAAAACAGCAAAAGAAUAAAUCCACUGCUCGGACAGAAUCUGAAGGAGCCAAACAAGAAAGGGAACAGUUGGAAAUGGUGAUAGAUCAACUUAAAGUUAAGCUGCAAGAUGCUCAGCAUAAUUCACAGAUGAAUGCAUCUGAACUCCAGGCAUUGCAGUCAGAACAUGACACCCUGCUGGAAAGACAUAAUAAGAUGCUGCAAGAGACUGUUGCAAAAGAAGCAGAACUCCGUGAAAAACUCUGCACAAUACAGUCAGAGAACAUGGUCAUCAAAACAGAGCACGCCCAGGCGUUGAGUCAGCUGACAGCCCAGAAUGAAGCUCUCCGGAACAACUUCAGAGAUCAGGUCAGGAACCUGCAAGAAGAGCACAGGAAGACAGUAGAGACACUUCAGCAGCAGCUCUCCAGAGUAGAAGCUCAGCUUUUCCAACUCAAGAGUGAACCAAGCACUAGAGGUCCAGCUGUUUCAAAUCCGGCAACGAAGAACUUGAGAGAGCGACGGAACACUGACCUUCCUGUGCUUGAUGUGCACACUGUGGCUAGGGAAGAGGGAGAAGGUAUGGAAACAACAGACACAGAGUCUGUGUCCUCAGCCAGCACCUAUGUGCAGUCCUUGGAGCAACUGCUGAACUCACCAGAAGCAAAGCCUGAACCGUCUCAGUGGCAGGCAGAUCUCAGCAAGGAUGAACUGAUUCAGAAAUUAAACACAACAACUAAGAGUGCUGAUCACUUGAAUGAAUUACUUCGUGAAUCAGAAGCAACCAAUGCAAUCCUAAUGGAACAAAUAAAGCUUCUUAAGAAUGAAAUAAGAAGAUUGGAAAGAAAUCAAGAGAGAGAAAAGUCUGUGGCUAAUCUGGAAUACUUGAAGAAUGUUCUAUUGCAGUUCAUAUUUCUGAAAUCAGGAAGUGAGAAGGAACGGCUGCUCCCAGUAAUAGACACCAUGUUGCAACUCAGCCCUGAAGAGAAGGGGAAGCUGGUUGCAAUUGCCCAAGUAUGUUUUUCUUCCUCCUUCAGGUGAAGAAGAGAGUACCUCACGGCCUUCUGGGUGGGCUUCAUACCUCCACAGCUGGUCAGGACUUCGAUAAAACAGUGGAAACACUGAAUCUUUAAAAACAUUCCACAACUGCAAAACUGAGAAAUCUUACUGUAGAUCUCUUGGUGUUGUAUCAUUGAACUACAGGGUUUUAUUUUUGUGUGGUUUUUUUCAGCUUUUUAGGCUCCACUAAGAAAGAACCCUGCAGUAGCUCUGAAAGAUGGUCCUAUGUUGUGCUCUGGCAGCAUUGAACUAUUUUUCUUGUAAAUGUUAAAGCAGAUAAUAAGAACUAUGAGAAGUGACAAAUUCAUUGCAAAUAGCUUGGAAACAGAAUUUGUCAACCUGUGAUAGUUCUUUUGAUAUCAGUUUAAAAGUUUGACCUUAUAUUAACUGGAAUAACUAGAGUUUAGAUUUUAAGCAUUUAAAAGUGUUUACAGUUGCUUUCACAUAUCACUGUCAGCUAGCUAAUCUAUAUGGUUAGUGUUACUCUCUGCACAUUUAAGAAAUUUAAAAUUAUUUCCUCUCUUGUGAUAGCUACAAAAUGUAAGAUUAAGAAACACAAAGGGCAUUUUCUGCUUUAAAAAUGUCUUUUUUAAAUUAUUUUGCUUUUGCAGAACAUGAAGGCAACAGUUCACAAAAUGUAGGGGGUGCAAAAAUCUGUAUGAAAUACAGUGCUUGUCACACCUGGGCAUGGUACUAUAGUAGAGAUUAAUGGCAUUUAUGGAAGCCUUAGGAUAGUACUCCAAGACUCAGAAGUCCUAAGUGAGCUGAAGCUUUGUGAGAAAGGGCUUAAGCUAGGGCUUUUAAUCUGAGGUUGGAAGUUUGUGGAAAAGACCAGGAAGAAAUGUUCCAUUACUGUAACAAUGUCUCUAAUUGGAUGACAAGAGUACUCGUACUGACUUAGCCAUAAUGAAGACACUAAAGAAUGAUUCUGAGCCCACAGGUCAGACUCCUAACAUUAACUUCUGAGAGAAAAGAAAGAAGCUUUUGUCAAUAGAUGCAUUUUUUAAAUGUUCUAAUGAUUGAAGAUCUUAUUCUCUCCAUUACCUGUGUGUGUGUACAUUGUUUGCACAGGUAUUUGCACAGAUGAGAUGGUCUCUGUUCCAGGUUACUCAACAGAAUGUUAGAGGUUUUUCCCAAGAAAAAUAAAUUUCUACCAUCUCUUCUUCUGUUAUCAGCACCUCUUUUUACCUUCAGGUGACUUCUCCCUUAUACAGUCCAUAAUCUUUCCAUAAGCCUUUCACCAUCUUAAUUUAUUUGUAAGGUUUUAAAAAGCAUACACGUUUGAAUCCUGCUUAUGUUUAAACCAGAGUCUGUCUGUCUUUUUGACUCAUAUUUUCAUAUCCUCUGUGUUGUUUUACAGAGAUUCUUUCCCUGGUACCCAUACAAAUACUAAAUAGGGCUCUUCCUUUCCUACCUACCUUAGCUCUGAGGAAAUGAUGCUUGUUCCUUUAAUAUUGCCUUAUUUCAGGCUGAGAUUAAUCUGAACAUAUGAAUAGCAGAAUGGCAACAUGUUGAGAAUAAACUGUUCAGUAAGUUUGCUUUUGGUUUAAUUUUUUGCUUGUUGUAUAUAUUUCAGUACACAAUCAACAAAGCCAACGGACUUUAUUUAGGUAUUUUAAUUCCUUUCCACUGUUUUAGGCACUUCUAUUUUCUUCCCCUCCAGUAUAUAUUUUAACUGGAACCUUUAUGGUUUGUGCUACUGGGGAAAACAUCCUCUGGGAACUUACAGAACAUAGAACUGAUCAACAGUAGUGUGAGGGACGAGUCUUUGAGGUGUCUGUAGGUAGCAAAUAGGAGGCUGUGUUUAGGCUUUCUUGCAUUUGCCUUUGGAAUGAUUUGGACCAGAUCUCGGAUGCUGGAUUCCAACUCCUUAUUCAGCUGGAUUUGGUUAAUGUCACUCAGAAGAAUGCCAAAACAGCAACAGGACAGAUUUGAAACAUGUAUAAAAAUAAGUGCUUGUCAUCCUCCUGCUGUGAUUUUAACAAUGGAAGCGCCUGAGUAGAAGAGUAUGGCUUUGUCUCACUUAGUUCACACUCCGUUUGCUGCUGACCUGAUUUAGUCUCUGCUAUUGCUUAAGAGCUGUGACAAGUUCCUCUUAAAAUGCACAUAUUUCAGAACUGUAAAUUAUUGAUCAUUGUAAGCUGUGAAUAAAGGUGUGCAAGUAACAUAGAUCACUGGCUGUAUGAAAUACCAGUUGCUUAUUGACUUCUUUCAAGUCUGAGUUGCAUGCUCACUGUUUUUAGUAAAACUUGAGGACCGUACUUAAGAAUGGAGUGAACAACUUGCAUUAAUAUAUUUUUUUUACAAUGAAAGAUAUAGAGAUCUUAAUUAGUAUAAACUAUUUUAAUAAAUGUUACUAAACUGUUUUCUGUUGCUAAGAUUGCCAGAACUUACCUAUAUGGCAAUAAACUGACUGUAAGAAAAUAAAGUUUAACAGACAACUGAGAAAAUGGCAUAGAAGAAAGUAAACUGGAAACAGGAUUAUUUUGCAUAGAGAACUUUUUACAUGUCAUAUAUUUGCAUUUUAAUGUACAGCAUUGUAGCUGUGACUUGCUUUCAAAAAACAGUUUAAAGUUUUAACUAGUACUGCUGCUUCUUGAUAUAGUGUGGUGCUCUUUUUUGGAAGAGCACUGUGCUGACUUUGCUUUCUGGUUCUUUUGGUUUUCUUUACAGUGCCACAUUUAUUAGAAUGUUUCACAGAAAAUAUCACCUUUGCCCAAAAUGUUUAUAAGCUUAAGACUGAUUUUUAUCUUUAACAGCCUGCCUUCAGCCCAAGCAUUGGGAGAGCGUAAUAAUAAUAAUAAUAAUUAUAAUAGUAAUUCUGCUGUCACUAUAGAGAUUAUAUAUUAAGUAAAAACCAAAAAUGGCAAUGAUUCAGCAUUCCCAAACCUGCACUGUGGCUGAAUUUUCAGCUAUCUUAAUGCUGACUUAGAAAUGGGUUAUAUGUCUUUCAUUUUCCCUUUACCCAGAAGGGAGAUUCAUCUCUGCAAGCAAAAAGUGCUCCCGCUGAAAGACAGGAAGAUCAGAACUUAUCAGACUGUUGAAUAGAUGUGGCCAGUUGAAUCUGGGGUUCAGGAUGGCCAAAGGGAACCAUGUUAGAAAUUAUACAUGGAGAGUAAGGUUGCUUUUUUUCUUUCAUGACUCUCCUUCCCCAAAGUAUAACUGUGAGAAUACAGGGUUAUAUUAUGUUCUAGAUUUAAGUCCUCCUUCGUCUAUAUCCCUCCAUCUAUUUGCUGUGAUAAGAGAUGAUAUAUUAUGAAAUUGUGGAGGAAUGCCUAAAAACUCUCCUUACUUUGUACUAAGUGACUUUGAAACCAGCCUAAACAUACAUGCUUCAUUUGGCUUAUGCCUUAGCUUCACCCAGUGCACCAAUACUUCCUAAACUAUCUGCUAGUUCUACUGUUGUUGGUACUGUGAAAAUAUCUCACUUAGAAGUCUUGCAAAUAGCAGCCACCACUCACAAGCUGAGAAACCAAAUGUAUGAAGAGAUAAAAAUAUAUUUGUUGUAGUAAUUUCAAACUUGCUAGUCUGGAUAGAUAAGUAUUUUUUUUCGAAAUAUGUUUUUGGUGGCCUUUUCGUGUGGCCAUCACUUCAAUAAAAUUCACCUUUACUCAA